CACACCUUACUCAAAUAUACAUUCCUCUAAAGUCGGAGGAAGGCAUGUAGAUCCACUUUGGCUCAGAGAGGAGUGACAGUGGUGACUUGAAGUCAGUGCAAUUUGGACCAACACGUUUAGCUUGCUAGCCUCAACCUGAACCUUGGUAUUUACCGUGAUGACGGACUGGCAGUGUGCCGCGCCUCGCCAAGGAGCAGCGAGAACACCAAGAAGCGCAUAUGCCAAAUCUUCAAAGAAAACGGCCUACGGAUCACGAUUGAAGCCAACAAGCAAACCGUCAACUUCCUCGACGUCACUUUCAACCUGAGAAACAACAGCUACCAACCAUUCACGAAACCCAACACAACACUCCAAUACGUGCACCACGACAGCAACCACCCACCCACCACCACGAAAAGAAUACCUACCGGAAUUAAUAAAAGGCUAUCGAUGCUGUCAUCCAGCAAAGCUGAAUUCGACCAAGCAACCCCCCCGUACCAGAAAGCACUUGAUGAAAGCGGAUACAACUUCACCCUCACCUAUGAACCCACCCCAGGAAACCAACCAAAAAAGAGCAGAAAACGAAACAACAUCAUCUGGUACAAUCCGCCAUUCAGCAAAGACGUCUCAACCAACAUCGGCCGCAAGUUCCUCACUCUGAUCGACAAACACUUCCCCAAAGGCAACACCCUAAGAAAAAUAUUCAACAAGAACAACAUUAAAUUGAGCUACAGCUGUAUGAAUAACAUGCAACAAAUCAUUUCAAACCACAACAAAGCAAUUGCAAAAGGACUGCCUACCCCCAGACUAAACGACUCUGAAACCAAUAAUGAAUGUAACUGUCGCAAGAAACCUGAUUGCCCUCUCAACGGAAGGUGCUUACAGACAUCAGUCGUUUACCAAGCAAAGGUAAUACGCAAGGACAUUAACACAUCCAACACGUACGUAGGAUUAACCGAAGGAGCGUUCAAAACAAGAUGGAAUAAUCACAACGCCUCCUUUAGAAACCAGACUUUGCAGAAUUCUACAGAACUCAGCAAACACAUUUGGAACCUCAAAGACAAUAAUGUUGAAUAUUCAAUAACAUGGCAAAUUCUUGCAUCCAGCACACCUUACAACAGUGGUAAUAAAAGAUGCAACCUAUGCUUAAAAGAGAAACUGUUUAUUAUAUAUCAUCCAGAUCUAUCAUCCCUCAACAAGCGCAGUGAAAUCAUUUCAACAUGCCGCCAUAGACGGAAACACCUCCUAGGUAACACAUGAGCCAAUCACAACACCCUACGCCUGCUUGUACCCACCCACUCUGUGCUCUAUAUAAACCAUUGUAUGUGAAUGCUUCCAUUAAAAUCUCCUGAUGAUUGAGGGAACCCCUCAUGAAACAGAUCU